AUGGAGCUUGACAGCGUUAAUAAGGAAGUAUUAGUAGAUCUCGAGGAGAAAUACCUCAAAGUUCGAAAGUUGCUUGAUGCGCAUAGUAAAUUAGACCCAGAAACAGAACCCUACAAGAGCAGGUAUGCGGCUGCUGAUUUAUUGAAGGAAAUGCAAAUAAAACUCAUCCAAAUAUUGGAUGAUAAUCUCACAGAUCAUGACAGAGAUAUUGUGACAGCGAUGUUAGCUGUCAUUUGGUUGAAUAUGGGAAUAAUUUCUGUUGAUACCGAGGAGCUAGCAGCUGGAGACGAGCAACUAACUAACUGUAUUGACCUCUUAGAAGAUAGAGAAUUAAAACCAGAAGCAAUCUUGAUCAUCCUAAGUGCACUGAAUCAAUUGGGAAUUCUAGCAGCUCAACGAGAUCAACCCAAAAAAUCACAAAGUUAUUUAGAAAGAGCAGAAAAAAUAUAUAAGGAUUUUUCUGCUCUAAAGAAAACCAAUACUGUUCAGCCCAUAUUAAUGGCAACGUUAUUUAAUUUGAAGGAUGAGGACGAAGUAGAUGCCGGAGAGAUAAUAGAAAGAUUGCAUACUUUAACUUUAUACUACUUGGCACAAAUCUACGGAACUCUAAAAGACCAUUUAAAGUCAGCUGUUUACUGCCACAUGACGUUAAAACGACAAUUAAAUCAUGAAGAUCUUGAUUGUAUAGACUGGGCUUUAAAUGCAGCAACAUUGUCACAGUACUUCAUGGAAAAGGGUGGGUUCAAGCAGGCCAAACACCACUUAGCAGCGGCAUCAUACAUUUUACAAAAAUAUGAGGACGAGUUAACAAAUUCACAAGAUACGGAAGAAGUAGUUGCAGCCAAAUGGGAGACUUUUAGACACAGAAGUGCAGACAUUGCUAGGUGUUGGGCCAAGUAUGGAAUCCUGCUACUCAGCACGUCUAAAGAAAGACUCAUGCAUCAUGCCGAAGAUGAAACCAGUCAGAUGUGCUCGGAAAUAAGUAAGAUGCAAUUGGACCCAGGGUCUAAAGUAACUGAAGCUGUCAUAGAAAAUUUAAGGUUUGAAAAAAUAGAGAAAGAAAUUGAAAUGAUUGCAAGUCAGCUCAGUGAUAAAUAUGCGCUGGACUUCAAUGAUGCCAGAGUAAUAUUUUUAAAUGCGCAACAGUGGCUGGAAGAAGCAAAAAAAUAUUACACUCUAGAAAAUCAUGCUUCUGACCAUGUACAAGUGAUACAAGAUGUGUCACAGCUAUUCAAAUUUUUGUCUUUUUUUGAGGAAGAUGAAGAUCGUCAGGCAAAGAUGCACAAGCGUAGGAUUGAUAUUUUGGAAAAGAUCGUUACAGAGCUAAACCCACAGUACUAUCAAACUGUAUGUAGACAAUUGUGGAUCGAAUUGGGCGAAAUUUAUUGUGAUAUCUUAGACAUAAAACUCGAACGUUUACAAGCCUCUAAUGAACGUCCCAGCCCCCAUGCUCUCACAAAAAUUAAUCAUCUUGCUAGAAGUUCGAUAAAAUACUUCCAGAGUUUUCUAGAUUCUUUAGUGGAUCCUGCAACCCACAAUUUACCAGAUAGAUUUUCAGACGAUGUAGUGAGACCAGCUUUAUUUGCUUACUUUUUGUUAGGAAGAUUACACUAUAAGAUUAUAACUCCAGACAAGCAUGCUCAGUUGGAAAAUCUUCGCAAUAGUGUGAAUGCUUACAAAUCCCUGAUAGACUACUGCGAUAAAGAUCCAAAAGCUGCAGAAUUGAUGAAGGUUGAAUUGAGUGUGUGCAAGGAUUUUGUGAGCCUUUUACCAUUGAAAAUAGAAAAACUAUCCAGGGAAUUGCUAUGAGGUAAAUGAGUAAGAAGUAAAACUCAAGCCAGUGAAACUAAUUUCACAGUAUGUUGUCUCCAGCUGCUAGAGGCCUAACUUACUACUGUGGUUUGAUGAGCUUUCCGCUUCCUACUAACGAAAAAUUCUUCACUUACCGUUGCGUGAAAAUGAACGGAGCGUUGAAGUAUGAUGUGAUGAACACCUUAUAGUUUCAUGUUAUGAUGUCAUCAAAUUAGACAUCAAUUUUGAACAACUUGAAACGUUGCUUUUCCCCCGUAAUGAAAUACGAUGAAUUUCAAAAUGUAAAAAAUAUAAUUUAUGCGUAAUGUAACUUUAAGUACACCAAUGUAUAAUAUUUUUUCCAUUCAAGUUGAAUAAUAAAGUGAAAGAAAAUUA